GCAAUGGCGCCUUCGCAAUAUCGAGUAUCAAUUUGUGUGUUGCUUAUAACAAUUAUCUGUGUGGAUCAUUGCUAUUCAUGGAUUAAUUUCAAUUCAGUUUAUACCUCAAGGAAACGUACAGAUCUAAAAAAGAGAUGUCCAGAUGUACGUGCACUGCGUAAUUUCGAUUUGGAACCCAUGAUGGGUAAUUGGUAUGUUGUACAAUAUUAUGCCUCCACUGAAGAACUACCCGAGUAUGCAUGCAUGCGAAGUCAUUUCACCUUCACCAGUGAUGAUCAGCACAUUACCAUGAACUUUACCUACAUAUUUGCCGAGGAUCCUUUACGUGAAAAGUUGCAGGGUAAUAUCACUUGGGACAUACCUGAUUUUAAUACUCCAGCUCAUUGGAUGCAUACUGAGGAUAUAUAUGAAGGAAUUUACAACACCUAUGUCCUAGAUACUGAUUACAAAUCAUGGGGCCUCAUCAUGCACUGUGCCGAGAAGAAGAAACAUCCUCGCUAUCUAUCGGCUUUGUUAUUGUCGCGUGAGACCACAUUGGGUGAGAAUGUGAUAAAUUUCCUAAAAGAAAAGUUGCCACGUUAUGACAUUGACUUGUCCUUCAUGUUCCCCAUCAAUCAAACCACCUGUGAUAACCUAAUGGAAUCAUCGCAAGACGAUCCUUUGGCCUACAUUGUAAAUGGCCGUAAAAAUGCCAAAAAUAUGUUUAAAAUAAUUCUUAAAAAUUAAGAAACAUACAUUUAGAUAUAUAAAACUUAAAAAACAAAUAUUGUACUUGUAGAACAUAAUAGAAAUUUUUAACCCAAAAGAAGAUCAUAAACAAGCAAAA